AGGUUGGUAAAAAUGGGGAAGUAGCCAUUAUCAGGGAGCCCCAUUGUGGAUUAAUUUUGGACUGUCCAAUGGAAAGAUCCUCAAAGCAAAACAAAUGCCCUGAAUCCAGCCCUUCCUCACCGCAACCCUUUCCCUUUCAUCUGCCUUCAUCCUUCAGCCACACCACCGCUUGGCAGUGAGUACUUGGGAGCAGCUCUUGGUGACUUUGUACUCGAACCCUGGAACUCCAGCAUGAGGCCAGAGGAAAUAAAUGACCUGCCAAGGUGUCAAGUAACGGACCCUCUCUUAAGCCCAGACUUCUGACUCCAGGUCUAGGGACCCUUCCACUCUCCAAGACUGCCUCCCGCCUGGGGAGCCUGGGCCUCGGCUAGGGGUGGGGACAGCAGGGUCCGUCCGGAGCGCCAGAGUCCCACUCGCGCCCAGCCCUCAGCCCUAGGCCCGUUUGGACGCCCGGCCCCGCCCCGCCCCGCCUCCUUCCCCCUUCCCCCUUCCCCCUUCCCGCGCCGGGCGGGUCGCUGUACCGCCGUCACCCGGGCGCGCGCGGGGUCGCGCGGACGCGGCUCGGGCCGCGGAUGCCGAGAGGUCGCCGGGCCACCCGCACUCCUGCUCCCCGCCUGACGCACGGAGGGGCCAGGACGCGAUUUUCCGCGAGUGACUGGAGCCGCCGCCGUCGCCGCUGCCGCCGCCGCCCGGGCCCGCUCCGCCCCCAGCCCGCCUUCCUCCCGCCGCGCCCUCCGCCUCCGCCCGCACCUCGCUAGCGUUCCCCUGUCUUCCCCAACGCCCCGGAGCCGCCGGCCGCUAGCGUCAGCGCCAGCCAGGGAUUUGCUUACAUGAUCAUGGAGGCUGAUAAGUCUAAUCUGCAGAGUCAGCAAGCAGGCUGGAGACCCAGAGAGAGCCGAUGUUCUAGUUUGAAGGCCAUCAGAAUUAAGGAAGUUCACUGCAGUAAAAUGGAGGCCUCAGUAAUAUUACCCAUUCUGAAGAAAAAACUAGCCUUCCUUUCAGGAGGAAAGGACAGACGGAGUGGCCUCAUUUUGACAAUUCCAUUAUGCCUCGAACAGACAAAUAUGGAUGAGCUGAGUGUCACCUUAGACUACCUACUCAGCAUUCCAAGUGAGAAGUGUAAGGCUAGAGGAUUUACUGUGAUUGUGGAUGGCAGAAAAUCACAGUGGAAUGUGGUGAAAACAGUAGUCGUAAUGCUACAGAAUGUUGUUCCAGCUGAGGUGUCCCUUGUUUGUGUGGUAAAGCCAGAUGAAUUCUGGGAUAAGAAAGUAACACAUUUUUGUUUUUGGAAGGAAAAGGAUAGACUUGGCUUUGAGGUUAUUUUAGUGUCCGCCAACAAAUUGACUCGUUAUAUAGAACCAUGCCAAUUAACAGAAGAUUUUGGUGGGAGUCUCACCUAUGAUCACAUGGACUGGUUAAAUAAGAGGCUGGUUUUUGAGAAGUUUACAAAGGAAUCUACAUCAUUAUUAGAUGAACUUGCUUUGAUUAACAAUGGAAGUGAUAAAGGAAAUCAGCAAGAGAAAGAAAGGUCUGUGGAUUUAAACUUUCUUCCGUCGGUUGAUCCUGAAACGGUUCUUCAGACAGGGCAUGAAUUGUUAUCCGAAUUACAGCAGCGUCGAUUUAAUGGCUCAGAUGGAGGGGUUUCAUGGUCUCCUAUGGAUGAUGAACUUCUUGCACAGCCACAGGUUAUGAAAUUAUUAGAUUCACUCCGAGAGCAAUAUACCCGCUACCAGGAAGUUUGUAGGCAACGUAGCAAGCGCACACAGUUAGAAGAGAUUCAACAGAAGGUAAUGCAGGUUGUGAACUGGCUAGAAGGGCCUGGAUCAGAACAACUAAGAGCCCAGUGGGGCAUUGGAGACUCCAUUAGGGCCUCCCAGGCCCUACAGCAGAAACACGAAGAGAUUGAGAGCCAGCACAGUGAAUGGUUUGCAGUGUAUGUGGAACUUAAUCAGCAAAUUGCAGCACUCUUGAAUGCUGGCGAUGAGGAAGAUCUUGUGGAACUAAAGUCACUGCAGCAACAACUUAGUGAUGUUUGUUAUCGACAGGCCAGUCAGCUGGAAUUUAGGCAAAAUCUCUUACAAGCAGCUCUUGAAUUUCAUGGUGUUGCCCAAGAUUUGUCUCAGCAGUUGGAUGGCUUAUUAGGGAUGUUGUGCGUAGAUGUAGCACCAGCUGAUGGAGCAUCGAUUCAGCAAACUUUAAAACUGCUUGAAGAGAAGCUGAAAAGUGUUGAUGUGGGAUUGCAAGGUUUGCGUGAAAAAGGUCAAGGUCUCCUGGAUCAGAUCUCUAAUCAGGCAUCCUGGGCCUAUGGAAAGGAUGUAACCAUUGAAAAUAAAGAAAAUGUGGACCACAUACAAGGAGUGAUGGAAGAUAUGCAGCUUAGAAAACAAAGAUGUGAAGACAUGGUAGAUGUGCGAAGGUUAAAGAUGCUUCAGAUGGUGCAGUUGUUUAAAUGUGAAGAAGACGCUGCCCAGGCAGUAGAAUGGCUAAGUGAACUUCUGGAUGCUCUGCUUAAGACUCACAUCAGAUUGGGCGAUGAUGCUCAAGAAACAAAAGUUUUGCUGGAAAAGCAUAGAAAAUUUGUUGAUGUUGCACAGAGCACUUAUGACUAUGGCAGGCAGUUGCUACAGGCCACAGUUGUGUUAUGCCAGUCUCUGCGCUGCACUUCUCGGUCAUCUGGGGAUACACUUCCUCGAUUGAACAGAGUAUGGAAACAGUUUACAAUAGCAUCUGAAGAGAGAGUACAUAGAUUGGAAAUGGCUAUUGCAUUUCACUCAAAUGCUGAAAAGAUUUUGCAGGACUGUCCAGAAGAGCCUGAAGCUAUUAAUGAUGAGGAGCAAUUUGAUGAAACUGAAGCAGUUGGGAAAUCACUUUUGGAUAGAUUAACUGUUCCUGUAGUUUAUCCUGAUGGAACCGAACAAUAUUUUGGGAGUCCAAGUGACAUGGCUUCUACUGCAGAACACAUCAGAGACAGGAUGAAACUAGUUAAUCUCAAAAGGCAGCAGCUGAGACAUCCUGAAAUGGUGACCACAGAGAGCUAAUAGCUACCAGCUACCUGCAGAUUUGCAGUUCAUAAUCCCGCAUGUUGUCAAUAUACUACAGCAUUAGCCACCACACCUUAAGAUGCAUUUCACAGCCAAAAUAAGUCUCAUUUCUUUUCAUGACACAUUUCUCUUUACAUGUUAACACUUUGCUACUACCAAGGCAUAAUUACUUAACAUGCUUCGAGGCUGUAGAUUCCAAGUAUCUUAAAAGAAGGAACUAUAAACAUUGCACUGAAAACUUGCUUUAAAGCUUUACCUGACCUGUCAGUUUGUAGAUAAACAACUGAUAAUAAGCUUUGAAUGGUGCUAAUAAGAGUAGGAAUUCUCUCUAUUAAAAAGAAAAAAAAAAGUUGCCCUUCCUCCACAGGUGAUUUAGUAAAUUUAGACAGUAGUUAAACUCUUAUUAGUAGACAGUGGUGUCCUCAAAAUUUUACUUUGUAAUUCUUCAGAAUUGAUUAUUUUUAUUGUGUCAAUACAGAGAAAGCCUUUCAGAUCUUUGAUAUAUCAUAGUCAUUAAAAGACCUUUUCCUAUUUGUAUUGAUAAUGUAUUAAAAGUUGUUUGUGCUUAAUAAAAGACUUCUUUAAACAUCUUAUUUAAUUUAGUAGUUACAUCCUAUUUCCAAACAUGAGUGCCUUAUUUAAAAGGGCAUUCUUAGGACUGUGAGGAUGGUUUAAUAUUUGUUUUUUCAUGGUGGUUGCAUGUAUUUUAGACAGGAAAUUCAUAUGUAAGCAUGUGUAUAUAAUAAGCAUGUUUUAUCAUGAAAAAUUAUUGUGAACAAUUUAGAUCUUUAAGAACUUAUUAAUAAUGGAAUACUAUUUCUAAUUUUUCUCUUCUUUAACUUGAAAAAUAUUCUCAAAAUUAUUAACUACCCUGAAGAUACUUUGUCUUUAGGGGAGGAGGGCUGAGGAAGAAGGCAUACAUAAUUACUUCAGUGUAAUCCUUUAUAUCAGAGUAAUCUUUCUGGAACUAAAAUAGCAAUUGUUAAUAAAAUUUAGUUUCUCAUUAUAGUCUAAAAGCAAAAUAAAUUCUGAAGUAGUCCAGUAACAGAACUGUAUGACUCCUUUAGAAAUAAAAUUUAUCAUGAAAUGC